AUCUAUUGGUGUUAAUUUUGGUGAUAACUGGUAAAGAGAUAGAUAAAUUUAAUAGCCAAAAAAAUGGAUAAAGUGGAAAAUGUGAGACUUGUCGAAAUGGGACAAUCAAACUUUAUUAAACCUUAUAGAAUACUCUUUAAGCAGAAUAAGAAAGAUAGAAUUUGGGAUGGAAUUAAAGUUCACGACAGUGUAUCAGUUCUUAUCUAUAACGUAACUAGAAAGAAAAUAAUUGUAGUUAAACAAUUUAGACCAGUUGUUUAUGUUUGUAACACUACUAAUAACGUCCAAGAAGGAAUUAGCAUCGAUACGAACAAAAAUCCAGGAACUAAGGGUAUAACAUAUGAAUUAUGCGCAGGAAUCAUUGAUAAAGAUAAAUCUGAUGCUGAAAUUGUAAAAGAUGAAAUUUUAGAAGAAUGUGGCUACGAUGUUCCAAUUGAGAAUAUCGAAAAAAUUACCAAGUUCAAAAGUAGUGUUGGUAUAGCGGGAUGUACACAAACACUUUUCUAUGCGGAAGUAACUGACGAUAUGAAAAAGACGGAGGGAGGUGGACGCGAAGAGGAAGGAGAACUAAUAGAUGUUUAUGAAAUUCCAGCUGAUGAAUGUUUAAAAUUUGCAAUGGAUGAAUCAUACGACAAACCAGUUGGAAUGAUUUUCGGUCUUCACUGGUUUCAUAUGUAUAAAUUAAAGUAGAAAAUAUACUUUAUUAAUAUAAUUAAUAAAGUAUAGAAGUUUUUGUUUUGGUUUUAAAGCUGAUAGUUGAAAAAAAAACAUCUCUAUGUAAUAAAUAACAACACUUAAAAACAAAAUUUCAAUAUCACGUGAUUUAUUCCUUUAUUAAAUCUUUCAUUGAUUUUUUUUCAUUUAUAUUUCAGUAUUAAUCUAAACAUUGAAAUUUCCCUAGAACUAUUCAAAAAGAGUUUUUAAAAUAAACGAUACCGAUAGGCAGAAUAUUUUUCCCUUUGAACAGCUCUUUUUAUCUUGUCGUAUGUUAUGUUUACCUUAUUAAAUAGGUUGAAAGAGAAUUUAUCGUAUGACAGAUUGAAAAUAAGAAUUGAUUAGAAAUAAUAUUUCAACGAAGAUAAGGAGAAUAGCUAUAAUCGACAGUAGCUGUUUACAAAUUAGUUAAUUUCCUGUAAAAUUUAAAUACUUUAAUUAAAUAUCGAUAAAUAGGCUUAAAUUAGAGUACAACCAAGAAGCAAAAUCAAUAGUUAGUGAAAGAGAGACGGACAGACAGAGAGAGAAAGAAAAAAGUAUUCUACUCCUUUUCCAUUUCGAUAUUAAAGUUAUGGAUAUACUCUUGUAAUAUCGUAUAAUAGUAGUCCUUAUCGAUUGGACUAAUUUUAUACUUAUGAUCUAAUUUUCCAUGGCUAACUUGCUGGUGAAUAUAUUCAGAUAAUAUGGAUUCCGUAUCAUCAUUCAAUUCCAUUUCCAAUAAACUGUACAUUUUUUUAACUUGUUCUAAUGGAUUUCUUACAAAAUCAUUAAAACAAAUAUCUAUAAAUCUUGAAGAUGAUUCUAAUGUUUUCUUUUCGCUUUCUUCAAUUCUGCAUCUGAUUUCAAAGUAAUUAACGAUGGCAUUAACAUUUAAAUCAACAACUGGUUGUUUCAUUGCACUGAAUUCACAUCUCCAAUACGGAAAAUAGAUUCUCGACAUUAUUGAAACCAAAGAUAAUAAUGAAUUAAUUGCCAUAAUUGGAUCUCUAUACAAUGUAAUAAUUUUCGAGUCUGGGAACACUUGACAAAUAGCAUCUAGAUUGCCCAAGCACAUGUGAUUCAUUGCAAGCAAUCUCCUCUCUUUAUAAUUCAACAUAUAACAUUUAAAGUUUCUUUUCAUCUUCUUGUAAAUAUCGAUCCAUUGUUUUGUUGUAAUUGAAUCCAUGGCAUGUCUAAAUUCUUCCAUGCCUUCCAUAGAGUAGAAUUGAAUAAAAAAGCCAUAACAAGAUAAUUCAAAGUAAAUAUCUUCGGGAUCUGUUACGUCCAAAUCGUGAGUCAUUUUAAUAUCGUUCCAAAAAUUUAAUGAACGAAACGUAUGAUGCUCUUUUUCGCAUUUCUUUAAUUCAUUUAAGUCAAAUUUAGAAAAUGGAUUUGAAGGUGAAAUAGAAAGCGUCAUUUGCAUCCAAGUUUGCGGGGCAAACCACGAUUUAUCAUUAGCCAAUAGACAAUGCAGGAAACUGCUUCCAGUUCUCGGUUGGGUAAAAAUAAAGACAGGUUUCACUAAUUCUACUUUAUCUAUUAAAUGACGAUUAUUCUUAUAAUAAUCUUCGAAUUUCGCCCGAUUCUUUAUACAUCUAAUCAAAUAUUGAAAAGUUACUAUAUGACCAAAUAAAGACAUUUUAGUUUUUGAUAAUUCUUUAAAAAUCAAAGAUGUAUUUUCCAUAAGAAAUUUAUCUUCUUGCAAUAUUUUUUUCUCAUUUUCAUCAAGAUUAUCAUACAGUCUAGCGAGUGAACCAACAAAUAGAUGACAGCCAAAUAUUUUAUAAUACGCUUCUCCAACUAUGUCAAUUAAAAAUUUCAUACAUAUGUAUAAUGAUCUCAUUAUAAUAUGCAUAUUUAAUAUGUAUACGUAUAUUAGUUCUAAUUUUUUACUAAUAUAUUUCAACUUAAAAUACAGAGUAUGACUAUUCUCUCACAAAAGGAUAUAUUUUUCCGCUUCACGAGAAAUAGGUCUCAAAUAAUAAUAACUUUCAUUCUGGUAUUUUUAACAUUGAAGAGAUAAAGUUGGCCUAGAAAGUAUUUCAUAAGCUUAUUGAUUUCUCAAAAUAUAUUUGACUACAGAUAGAUAAUUA